UGGAACAAAAGCUUUGUGCAAUAUUUCCUUGAGGAAGACUUUCCGCAACAGCAUAGCUUUCAGAGUUAGCCAAUGUGUGUUCAGAGGCUCAUCUCAUAAUCUCACCAUGCAAUCUAUUGUUCAACCUUGUUUUUUCAUGCAUGCUGUGCAUAGACGGUUCUUUGCCGUUACUUGUGGUGCAGGUUGAGGACCUGAAGCAAUUUAGAUACAAAAAAAAAAAAAAAAAAGCUCUGUAACAUUUGAGGUGGAACAAAAAAAAUUAAGGUUGGGGGGUGUGACUUUUACUUCCCAGUUUGGGUGGAUGUCUUGCAGUCAUUAUAAAAAGCGAAGAUCCUCUGAACAUCUCCAGUGCCACAGACCGAAUUGUGUGAAACAUGCCGUCCUGCUUCAAACUCAGCGCAGCAUUUUUGCUGACAGCAACAUGUUUCAUCCUGACAGCAGUUGUUCAUUCUCAAGAGCAAAUGACCACCUGUGAUUCGGACCCUUUCCACGUCCAUCGCCUGACCUGUGACGAGGGAGUGAUCACCGUGGACGAGGCUUUGUACGGUCGCUCCGACUCGAUGGUCUGCUCUGAGGGAAGAUCUCCGCAGGAGGUGGCUAACACGCAAUGCGCUCAGGAAGGCACCUUGAGGACCAUGUCGGCAUUAUGCAAUGGCAAAAAAUCAUGUGAGGUGAACACGGGGGCUUUCCGCAAUCCUGAUCCCUGUGAUGGCACCUUCAAAUAUUUGGCGACCAAUUUCAGCUGCACGCCUACACUGAUUCUGAUAGCGUGUGAGGACUCCUUGGCAGAAUUGUUUUGUGGUCCACAACUCGUUCUUCUCAUCCACGGUGCUGACUACGGACGCCGCGACCGGACCACAUGCACAUUCGAAAGGCCUCGGGCCCAGAUACAAAAUACAGAAUGCCUGGGCCCAAGUGAAGUUGUGGCCACAAUGUGCGAUGGGAAAAACAACUGUGUGAUCCCAGCCACCAACGGUGUGUUUGGAGACCCCUGUAGAGGGACUUACAAGUACUUGGAGGUUGCCUACACAUGUGAAUGCUACGUGUCCUGGAGGGACACUAAGUCAGGCUCCUGGUACAUGGAGACGGUGGACCGCAUCCUCGAGGAACAUGCUGCCACUGAUGAUUUGAACAUGCCGUCCUGCUUCAAACUCAGCGCAGCAUUUUUGCUGACAGCAACAUGUUUCAUCCUGACAGCAGUUGUUCAUUCUCAAGAGCGAAUGACCACCUGUGAUUCGGACCCUUUCGGCGUCCAUCGCCUGACCUGUGACGUGGGAGUGAUCACCGUGGACGAGGCUUUGUACGGUCGCUCCGACUCGAUGGUCUGCUCUGAGGGAAGAUCUCCGCAGGAGCUGGCUAACACGCAAUGCGCUCAGGAAGGCACCUUGAGGACCAUCUCGGCAAUAUGCAAUGGCAAAAAAUCAUGUGAGGUGAACACGGCGGCUUUCCGCAAUCCUGAUCCCUGCGAUGGCACCUACAAAUAUUUGUCGACCAAUUACACCUGCAGUGAUACACUGAUUCUGAUAGCGUGUGAGGAAUCCGUGGCAGAAUUGUUUUGUGAUCCAGGAUACGUUAUUGCGGUCUACGGUGCUGACUACGGACGCCGCGACCAGACCACAUGCACAUUCGAAAGGCCUCCGGCCCAGAUACAAAAUACAGAAUGCCUGGGCCCAAGUGAAGUUGUGGCCACAAUGUGCGAUGGGAAAAACAACUGUGUGAUCCCAGCCACCAACGGUGUGUUUGGAGACCCCUGUAGAGGGACUUACAAAUACUUGGAGGUUGCCUACUCCUGUGAAUGUAAGUAG